AUUUUUUCUUAAAACACAAGCACUUAUAAUACGAAAAAGUGGCUAUCCGAUUCGACGUUCGACGUUCGAUAUUCGACAUUCGACAUAAACCAUAAACCAUAAACCCCGUCCAAUAUGAACGAACAACCUACUAUCGAGUGGUCUACCACUCUAAAUGUUGCCUCUCGAGCCACAUACCCAUCUAAAGAUUUGGAUGGCGACAAGAUCAUCCUCCCUCAGUCUGCACUCGAACAGCUACUCGCCGCUUCAACCUCAUCCUCGAACUCCACCUCUAUCUCGGCUUCGGCCUCGUCAAACCCCUUCCGUAUAUCAACGUCAACAUCCGCAUCAUACAGUCGAGCUCCGUAUGCUUUUGACGGCGAUCCCUAUCAGCAGCUUCCAAGCCCGCUUAUGUUUCGACUGGUUAACCCGUCAAAUGGUAACGCCGUCUACGCUGGCAUACGCGAAUUCUCGGCCGAGGAAGACGAGGUAUUGCUGAGCCCGUACCUAAUGGAAGCUCUGGGAGUCGAUUCCACCAAGGACCCGUCAGAUGAGGAAACUGCUUCGUCUAGCAACGAAGCCACAACGUCACGAAUCACCGUUCACGCAAAACAUCUGCCGAAGGGGACAUAUGUUCGCCUGAGGCCGUUGGAAGCAGGAUAUAAUCCCGACGACUGGAAAUCCUUGCUCGAGAGGAAACUCCGUGAGAGCUUCACAACACUGACAAACGGCGCGAUUUUAUCCGUGCCAGGUGUCAAGGGCGAGUUAUUCCGCCUCCUUAUUGAUGGGUUCAGGCCGGAGGGGGACGGCAUUUGCGUCGUGAAUACUGAUCUCGAAGUCGACAUUGAGGCCUUGGACGAGGCGCAAGCCAGGGAAACCAUGAGACAGAUCAUAGCUAGGCAACAAAAGGCACCUGGGACCGUAGGUGGCAGUUCGGUCGGCCAGGAGCUUAAUAUUUGGAAAGCCGUUGACGGCCAAGUUCUUCCUGGAGAUUACGUGGAUUAUGAACUCCCUUCGUGGGCUCGGUCGAGGGUUCUCGAGAUCGAGAUCAGCGAGUUACAGGACGAGUACGGCGUAGACCUGUUUGUGAGUCCGAAAUCCUCGCGUCAGAGAGUGCCGCCUCGCCAGUCGGAAUAUGUUUUCGGCGCCUUCAGCUAUACGGAACACGGAAGCAAGCGUAUAAUCAUCCAGCCCACCAACGUCGAGCUUGAGAAUGCCGAAAGCCUACUUAUUUCCGUUUUUGGGUAUACCCCUGAUCCGAGCGUCUCGCCGACAGACGCCUCCCCUCUCCCGUAUAAAUUAAGGGUCAAGAAUAACGCGAUGACGACGGACGCACCAGCAGUCUCCGAGUCGGCCACCCCGGAAAUGCAGGAGGAGUCUCCGGAUGAAGAAACAUGCAAGAAUUGUCUUCAACGGAUUCCUAAGCGUACCAUUAUCCUGCAUGAGAAUUUCUGUCUUCGCAAUAAUGUAGCGUGUCCUCAAUGUCGAAAUGUCUUCCAGAAGACGUCGGACGAAUGGAGGAAGCAUUGGCAUUGCCCUCGUGACGAGGCGAAUCAGCGUAGGAGGAAGCUUGCGGAGAUGCUGGCGGCCGAAGACGACUGGGAUCUGGAGUGGUGCAUUGCAGCGUGUGAAGCUGAGGGCCCUGAUCUAGAUAGGGCAAGGGGUUGGUUAAUUAAUUGGGCACCCUCUAAUGAAUGAAGUCACGAGCGAUGGGCACAUGAAAUAGGCGGCGUUAGUAGAUGGUCGGCAUAACGAUACCCAUAUGCAAGCAUGAUAGAACAAUGGAUUUUCAAAGAGUGUAUAUUUAUCUCGACGCGACUGGCCAAUCUGCUAACACAUACAACGCGAGUCUCGUGCGAAGCAAACACCACCCCGUAAUGUAUAUAUCCCCUACGAUCUCCCAAUUGAUCCUCCAACCAGCCUGACCUCAAUCCGACGAGGACGCUUGUUUCUAGGCCGAAAUGACCUGUGCUUAGUGGCUCUAUAUGUACGUGUGAGUUGGGGGAGGACGACAUUCUACAACUGUCGGACAGGGACUUACGCAGCAGGAGCAGGAGUUGCUGCGUUUCUCGAUGUUAGUCAUGAGCUUUUAAUAGAAAGGAAGGAGAGAGGAAGAGGGGGUGAGAUGGGAAGAGAGCAUGAGAAGGAGAGAGACAAGGGGAUGAGAAGAAGGACGGGGAGGAAGGGUGAAGGAGAGUAAGGGCGAAGGAGAGGAAGAGAAGGUAGAGGAGCGACACGGGCUACGCGUAAAGGGGGUUGGAAGCUUACCAGUCAGCGCAAGAGCAAGUAGCGCAUCCACAGGUGGCGGGUUCCAUUUUGAAGGUAGUUUGGGGGUUGAGCUGAAGCUUAUAUAUAAUCGAAUUGUUUUGGUGUAUGAGG